AUGAGCAGAGCGGCAAAGAAGAAGGCCGAGAUAGACGAGGCCGUGGGCGAUGCAGCAGUACUGCUCAAAAUCUCCAAGAAAGGCGGUGGGAUGACUGCGCACUCAGCUCUUCGAUUGGCGGGAGUGUCAACCGAAGAUAGACAAAACAAAGCUCUUCAAAAGCGCGUUCAUCGAGCAAGGGACAAGCUCCAUGAUCAACGAAAGAAACUAACAACUGAGUUUGAUCAAAUGGAGUUGGCGGAAGAAGAUCAUCCAUUUCCGAGCUCUCAAGAAAGUGUCAUUCCCAUUGUUCCAAGACUCCCCAAACAACUGAACAUGAGAAAGACUUCCAAACAGGCUGCUGCCCAACGCAAAGCCAAUGUCCAAGUCAAGGACCUGAAAGGCAAGCUGUUCAUGGAGGCGUGUGAGGCUGUCAAGGAAGAGAAUGAGAAAGAGCAACGAUUUCUGGCCGAAGGAAUGGCGUACCGAAAGAAGUCUUCUGAGGCAAUCUGCGGCGAGAUCAAUGCAAGACCACUCGCACAGGCACACGAUAUCAAGAUUGUUGCACGCAGUGUUCGCAAUGCUAUUCAAGAGAAUCUCUCCUUUCCGUGGAGGAUGGAAAGCAAGUGA